CACGUCUCUCUCUCUCUCUUGCCUCCUCACAAACCCUUAAAGUUGACCUAUAUAAUCCUCUUCGACAGACCACAGAAUCGCCCAUCACAGCUUCCAGAUCUCUCCAUUUCACAUGCCUAAGAUCUGAUCUACCCACAUGAACCCACUUGGAUUUUUCGAGUUUUGAGUGUUUAUAGUCCAGAUCUGGUUGAACUAGAGCACUCCAGUUAGCGUUUCGCUUUCAUAGAUCUGGUUGGAGCAGAAAAACGCCGUCGUUUUCCAACUCCAUGUGUUUAGGGUUCGCAGAUCCGGUUGUAGCAGAAAACGUUGUUGUUUUGACUUUGGUUCCAGAAUAACCCAGUUCGUGUUCUGGGUUCUGAUUCUUUUUACAGAUCUAGUUAGAGCAGAAAAACGCUUCCUUUUUCGUAAAUCGGAUUCUCAAAAAUCUCAGUUUGAGUUUUAGGGUUCUGAUUCUGUCCAAACAAAGAAAAAGUCGUCGUUUUUCUCUGAAGAUUUUAAAUUUUCAAUCUGGGUUUUGAGCGUCGUUGACUCCUGCUUUGUUUGAUAUCCUCACUCGUUUUGUUGCUCAAACAGAUAUUUUCAAAAUGUCAAUUUCACCCAAGACCGAAUCAGUUCUAAUUCGUGAGGUUUGGAAUGAGAAUCUAGAGAGUGAAUUUGCCUUAAUUCGUGAAAUCGUGGAUAAAUAUCCUUAUAUUGCAAUGGACACUGAGUUUCCAGGCGUGGUUCUUCGUCCCAUGGGGACUUUCAAGAACAUAAAUGAUUAUAAUUAUCAAACUUUGAAGGAUAAUGUUGAUAUGUUGAAGCUGAUCCAAUUGGGUCUCACAUUUUCGGAUGCAAAUGGGAAUCUUCCGACUUGUGGCACUGACAAGUUGUGCAUUUGGCAAUUCAAUUUCCGGGAAUUUGACGUGACUGAAGAUGUCUUCGCAAGUGACUCGAUUCAGUUGCUGCAAGAGUGCGGUAUUGAUUUUAAGAAGAACAAUGAAAAGGGUAUUGAUGUGAAUCAGUUUGGUGAGCUUCUGAUGUCAUCUGGGAUUGUGUUGAAUGAUAAUGUGAGCUGGGUUACUUUCCACAGUGGUUAUGAUUUUGGGUAUUUGCUUAAGCUGUUGACCCGUCGGAGCUUGCCUGGUACACAAGCAGGUUUCUUUGAUCUGAUCAACAUGUAUUUUCCCAUGGUUUAUGAUAUUAAGCAUUUGAUGAAGUUCUGCAAUAGCUUGCAUGGUGGGUUGAAUAAGCUUGCAGAGUUAUUGGAAGUUGAGAGAGUUGGUAUUUGUCAUCAAGCAGGGUCGGACAGUUUGCUUACUUCUUGCACAUUCAGGAAGUUGAGAGACAGCUUCUUCAAUGGCUCAACAGAGAAGUAUGCUGGUGUCUUGUAUGGUCUUGGUGUCGAGACUGGACAGACUAAUUGAAUUGAAAGAGAAUAAGUGGAAGAAUUGAUGAAUGUUUGUAUGACAACUUGGGUCUGAAACCCCAUUUGUUCUUUGUACACUACUGUCAAAAAGAUUGUGGCUUUAGUUAUAAAUUUUCUUCUGCUUGAAUUUUACUUCUUUAAAGCUUCUGUGUAACCGAAACCUUGACUGGUUUUUGUAGCUCAAGUACUUUGUAAAUCGUUGCAGUUAGUAUUUCAAUAACAAUCUUAAUGCUUUAUUACUU